AUGACCUCUGAAGUAGUUAAAGAAAAUUCAGCAAUUCUAUUAACUGUUAUCUUUGGAAAUGAAGGCGCUAACAACCUUAUCAAAGACUUUGAUCGCGGAUCCCAAAUUUCUAUGAUGCUAUCAU